AUGGCAACGAAACUUACGCAUUUAGCACCACCGCCUGCUUUUGAUGCCGAAAGUGACAAGUCGUCCUUAGCUCAACGAUGGAAAGACUGGCGUGAAAGAUUUGACAUGUACUUGCUUGCAGCAAAUAUAACGGAUGCCAGACAAAAGCGUGCUCUCCUACUCUACGUUGCUGGUCCCGCAGUUCAUAAGAUUUUCAACACGUUAACCGAUACUGGCACAGAUUAUAAAACAGCUGUGGAGAAACUCGACAGUUAUUUUCAACCGCAGAAAAAUGUAAUUUACCAAAGAUAUGUAUUCAAACAGACCCGUCCUAGCCCUGACGAAUCGGUUGAUCAUUUCAUUACACGUCUUCGACAGAAUCGACUGAAUCGACUUACAACCAAUCGUUCUCGAAUUGGCGACCAGAACGAGUCAUUUCAACAAGAAAGCAAAACAGCGAAUAUAUCCGGAAAAUAUACUGGUAACUGUUUUAACUGUGGUAGCAACUAUUUUCCAGGUCACAAACAAGUUUGCCCAGCACAAGGAAAAUCAUGUCGUUCGUGUGGAAAGCUCAACCAUUUUGCAAAGUUUGCCGCAGUUCCCCAAUGCGAAAGCCAGAAUUUCGUGCACAAAACAGGGAAAAAUCGAAUGAAAUCGACAACUCUAUUAAAGCAAUCAUAACAACGCCAAGAGAAACCGGAACCGAAAGUUCGGCGAAUGACGACAGCGACGAAUACACCUUCACCUUGACCCAAGGUCAAUCCAAGUUCAGCCCAAUGAAGGUAACCAAAACAAACAAGGGUGUUUUCGUGACGGCGAAAAUAAACGAAACGGAUAUAAGGUUAGUUUUUGACUCUGGUGCAACAACAAAUAUUUUAGAUUCUGCAAGUUUUGAACGUAUUCAAAAGAACACUGCGAAAUUCCAACUAGAACCUACGUCAAUCAAAAUAUACCCAUACAACUCUACAGUUCCUCGACCCACUACCGGCAAGUUUGAAGUUCAAUUUUAUAAUGGUACAAAAACUACAUCUGCAACAUUUCAUGUUGUUGAAGGAAAUUCUGGGUCAUUGUUGGGAUAUGAGACGCAACAGAACUGGGACUUUUGCAUGUUAAUGUCAACCAAACAACAACCAUGCCUAGUUCUACAUCAAGCAACACAUCUGAUCUGGUCGCAAAGUUUCAGCACCUAUUUACUGGCAUUGGUAAACUGAAAAAUUAAAAACAAAAGCUACAUCUUGACCCUAGUAUACAACCAGUUGCCCAAAAACCUCGGCGAGUACCAUUUCACUUACGUAAGCAAGUAUCUGCCCGAAUUGAAGAAUUGGAAGCACUCGAUAUCAUAGAACGUGCAUCAGGUCCAACAUCGUGGGUAUCGCCUGUGGUCGCAGCACCUAAACCCCACGACCCAUCUGAAGUUAGA